UCGACCUGUCAACAUGCAACGCUUCGCGCACACACAAACACACACGCGCGCGCACGCACGCACGCACACGGCAGUACACUAACUUUUACAGAAACUAAAGCUGGGGUAUUUUGGAUGUCGACACACAACCAAGACUGAUAUUUGGUGUCAAAACAGUCCUGCUGAGCUGGUGCUGUGCUCUGUGUAGAUACCUCCUUAACUCUGCGAGCAUCUUUGUCUCAGCUGGGCCUCAAGCAACAUGCAGAGGGACACUUCACGAGUCCUGGCUGCAACGUUCCUACUUUACUGGAUUCCACCUUGUGCAUGUCACUCAACACCAGAACGACCCAAACUCACAGGUUGUCGAUCUCCAGAUAAAGAGACCUUUAGCUGCUGGUGGGAGCCUGGCUCAACUGGUGAACUGCCAACUACUCACCGUCUUUUCUACAGAAAAGAGAGAUCUGAAGAGGUCUUUGAAUGUCCAGACUACCACAGUGCAGGGAACAACUCAUGUUUCUUUGACAAAGCCCACACAUCGAUAUGGAUCUUUUAUAACAUCACAGUCAUGGCCUCUAAUAGCUAUGGCAACACCUUUUCUGAGCCAGUAGAAGUGGACGUUGUGGACAUUGUCCAGCCUCACUCACCAGAAAACAUGACUUUGUCUCUGAUGGGAUUGAAGGACCAACCAUAUUUUCUGGUGAAAUGGGAGGCGCCACAUGACAUCGACACUCAUUCAGGCUGGGUUACUCUCAAAUAUGAAGUGCGAGUAAAACAGGAGCAUGGUGGACAAAAGCAAGUCAGUGAUUGGGAGAUGUACCGUGUGGGUAAGCAAAAGGAACUGAGUAUCUUCAGUCCCAAACCUGGAGGAAAUUAUACUGUACAAGUGCGCUGUAAACUAGACGAAGGCCUGUGGAGUGAGUGGAAUUCUCCAAUGUUCAUCCAAAUGCCAUACAACUCAGAAAAAAAGAAGCCAGUUUUGAUCUUCAUAGCUAUUAUUUGUGCCUUCAUUGUGUUGGUCACUGUUGGAAUAUUAACAGCCAAAAGAAAACAUGUUAAGCAUUUCUUACUUCCCCCUGUUCCAGGACCAAAGAUCAAAGGCUUUGAUGGCCAACCUUUAAAGAUAGAAAAGCCAGAGGAUGUAUUUAGUACCUUCAACUUGCAGAGCAUCCUUCCAGUGUCAGAGUGUCUGGGGCAGGUGGAGUAUAUUGUGGUGCUUGACAGCGAGGAAGAAAGUGAGAACCCAGGAAGUAAAACUUGUGCGGAACGACAAACAGCAGCUCAAAAUACAUCCGAUCAGCGGGCACGGAAUAAACUUAACCUUACUGAUCACAGUGGCAAAUGGAAAUUACAAGCUCUUGCAUACAACCAUCAAGAUUCUGAUCCUGAAUCUACAGCUUUAAACACAUCCCAACACCCAGAUCAUUUUAGCACAUACAGUGUGCUUCAGCAUAAACCUGACAUUUACCAAAAUGACCCUUGUGUCAUAUUUCACAAAAACAUGGCAUCGAGCUCUCAGACAGACAGUGUUGAGCAGAAUGAAAUCAGAGUCACUUCAGCUGGACUGACAGAGUGUGCUGAACAAAAGCAGAGGGAGAACUGUAAGCAGGAGCUCACAACAGAACAAGAGGAAGACUACAGUAAAGUCAGUGGGAUUUACAGGGAAACUGUCCUUGUGAUUCAAAAAGACAGCAGCCCUGUUCAGAGACACAAAAUGAGGAGCAAUGAUGAUCCGAGCAAAGAAAUCAAGCUUCAAUUCACUUCCACGUUUAAGGAUCUAUCAGGUAAUCAGGAUUACGUGGCUACAUUGUAGGAUACGUUUUCAAUGGGGAAAUCUGAGAUUGGGCCUAUGAGCAAAAUUCAGACACUUGUUAUGUAUAUCUCAGACCUCUGUGAACAUUUCUGUGUAUCGUUACUAUUAAUACAAACAGUACUGAUACCUGUACAUUAAUUGGACUGAUUUAUUUAUUAAAAAGUCUGGCAUGACUCCUUUUAAACAGCAGAAAUAUUUAUAUCGAUGUUCUUUGUACUCAGUUAUGAAAAUGAACGGUUACAAGGUUAAAUUCACUCACUGUCCCUUCAUGUCUUGUGAGGAUAAAGUGUAAAAAAUGAACAUGUGAAGGAUACAAAAUGGUAUAAAGUUGAACGAAUCCAACAAUUUAAGCGUACCGUAUUUACAAAACCUACAGAACACCACUGUUAAGCAAAUCAGCACUUAACAUUGUCAGUUUAAAACUAAGUUCUAAAUAACAAAGCUGUAAAAAAAAAAAAAAAAAAAGCUGCUCAUGUUUUACACAAUGGAGUAAUUCAACUCAACGUACCUAUCAACUACUGACUAACAAAUCCGAAGGUGUUCAGACAGAAGUAUUACCAAAAGUAAUUCAAAUCACAGGUUUAUAUUAAUGCGUUUGUUCUCACGCAAUAACAAGUUCUCUUAAAAUAACAAUAACACAAUCACAAACUAAAGACAAAAUAAAAACAUGCUGUUAUUUAGCAAAGAUAAAGGUCUAAUUGUUGUUGAUAUGAUGGAGGAGGUGAUUAUUGAAUAUUUAUGCAAGGACUCAGGUGUCAGUGCUUGGCAACGGUGCACUUUGUUUUUAGUAUCACAAGCAGAGUGUUUUGUUUUUUUGUGUUAUUACCUUUAAUAGGAAAAAAAGGGAGGCUGAGAAGGGAAUGACUAUAACUGCAGUACCAUAAAUGACAACAGGAACUAAAUUAUCUUGCAGAUGUACCACAUUAAAUCAAUACUGUACAACAUUAAAUAUAACAAUUCACUGAUAAAAUGUAUGACAUGACAUAUGAUGGUAAUUAAUUUAACAGCAUAUAAAUAUGUUAAUUAAAAUUUUUUGAAUAUGAGGUGCUGCGGUAUAAGAGGAAAAACACUUCAAGCAUACCUGCCAUGUUUAUAUUCCUUGAGGAGUGUUCGAGUGUGUGUUUUUUUUUUUUUUUUGCAUUAAUACUCAUGUUAUCCACAGGGUGUUUACCCAUAACAUGCCUGUCUAAUAUCCAUGCCGUUAAAUGUAAACACACAAUAAAUCUAUGAAAAUAUGUAGGCUUAAAUUUUGUAGCGUGGUCUUG